AUGGCAGACAUUAUACCUCCCAUUUCAAGUCGCAUGAGCAACAUCAUUCAAGCUCUUCUUCCCGCCGCCACAGCUGCUGCUGCUGAUCAUGCCGAGCCAAAUCCUGACUUCAUAAAUUUUUCCGUAUCAAACAACAAUCUUCUGCGACCCGAUUUGAUUGAGAUUUGCAAAGAUGCCAUCGCACACGAUCUAAUUGCGGAGACAUUGAAUUGUCCAGUGGGACUUGGAGGAGAUCCAUCACUCAUGAAAUCGAUUUCUAAAUUUUUGAACAAGUAUUUCAUACCAGCAAUUCCGAUCACCUCUGUUUAUCUUGUCACUGCUUGGGGAGCUGGUUUUUGUCUUGAUACUAUAGCAUCAUGCAUUUCGUGGGCGCUUAUCUGUACUGUCAUGCUGGUGUCACAAUGGUUCCAGCAUAUCCAAGCCUACUGUUUACAGCUUUGA